CAGGUAAAAUGUUUUUUUCUCUCGAUAUUUGCAAAAUGGUCUCCCCCUCCAAACUCCAUAGAACAGGCAAAAACAAAAUGGUAAGGAAGAUAGCAGAGCAGGGAAUUGACCUUGAGUUACUGGGCCCAAACUUAAUCACUAUAGGCCCAUGACAUUGAGGGCAACUCAAUAAGGGCCACACCAGCCCAUCUAAUACGAAUAUAUAAACCUCGGCCCCGUUUCUUUAGGGUUUCAAUCGCCGUCUGUGUAAACCCUCGCGAAGGAAGAGCUCCUCUGCAUAACCUGCAAGCCGCGCAAAGGGUGCCUCUUUUCUUCUUCAUCUUCCAUCUGCAACCAUGAUUAUCUCAGAGAAGAACAGGAGAGAAAUCUCCAAGUACCUCUUUCAAGAGGGAGUGUGCUUUGCCAAGAAGGACUUCAACCUUGCCAAGCACCCUGAGAUCGAUGUUCCCAAUCUCCAGGUGAUUAAGCUGAUGCAGAGCUUCAAAUCGAAGGAGUAUGUCCGCGAGACCUUCGCCUGGAUGCACUACUACUGGUACCUUACCAAUGAAGGGAUUGAGUUCUUGAGGACUUACCUCAAUCUUCCAUCUGAGAUUGUGCCUGCGACUUUGAAGAAGUCUGCUAAGCCUCUUGGCAGGCCCAUGGGAGGUCCACCUGGUGACCGCCCGAGGGGUCCCCGUUUUGAGGGAGACCGUCCAAGGUUUGGUGAUCGUGAUGGGUACCGUGGUGGUCCUCGUGGAGGGGGUGACUUUGCUGGUGGUGAGAAGGGAGGUGCUCCAGCUGACUUCCAGCCCUCAUUCAGGGGCUCUGGUGGAAGGCCUGGAUUUGGUCGUGGUGGUGGCGGUUAUGGCAGUGGUGCACCACCAGCUCCAAGCAGUUCCGGUGGAUUUGCUUAAGAAUGUGCUUGUAACUUUAAUUUUUGGGCGUCGCAUGGAUGUUUGCAUAUGUAGCCUUUGAAAGUUACGAACAUUUUUUGGUAUUCCGUUGCAGUAGUCUGUUAUUGUAAGGGAUUGACAACGAUGAAAACUCUUCUUUUACGAUGAUGUUGUCGAGUAUUUUGUUCGUUACGAUUGGCUCACUUUUCCCAGUUUCAAUUUACCCUCAAUCGUACGAAAUAGCAAGUUCAUGAUAUUAGUAUUACUGAUGUUGCUCUGAAUGGGAUACUAGGAAAGUAGUUGUCCCUAGUCUUUCUACAGAUGUUAGAUAUCUGCUGCUGGGCUAUGAUAUUGCUCUGUUAUUACUUGUCACAGAAGUUAUGCCGGGGUUGACGAACCAUAUUCGAGUACUGAGCGAUGAAUGGAUCGCAUACAAUUUCUGUAGCCUUGAUAUGCUGUAAGCCCUUCUAUUCAUCUCUUUCACGAUAUAGGAGAACCAAAGCACACAAUAUUAUACUUGUUGAGCUGAACAACUUGUCCAGCUGAACAACUUGUUGAGCCAUCAUUCUCAGUCAAUAGAUCGAAGUACACCAACACAUAAUCAAGGAACUUCAAGGAUAGUUAAUAGUACAAAUUCGUGCGAGAAUGGAGGAGUGCUCGAACGGAUAGCAGCGGAAUCAACUGCUGAGGAUGCCUGGGCUUGCUGAGCGAUCAUUCCCCGUCAAGAGAAUAUGAUCGAAGAACACCAACACAUAAUCGAGGAACUUCGAGUAGAAUAAACAGUACGCACCAAA